AGUGCCUGCAAGAAACGCUCUCAUAUCCAACAGAUCUCGAUAUCCAUUGAAAUACUCCCAGAGUCCACCCGCUAUCGCAAGCAAAGAGGCAACGAAUUGAAGGCCAGAUAAAGGGAUAUUGAAACUGGAGCCAUUCGUUUUUUCGUCAGCAUCUGGCACAAGUCGAGCAUGAAGGAUGAGAGACGACGAUAGGACAGAGAAGAGAAGGGCCAGUUUUAGAUGCGAGAGGACAUUUCUCUCAAGAAAGCAAAAGUCCCGGGCAGUGCUCCCUGUGUUCUGUAUGACAAGACGUUGCAUAAGGACAAGAUCAGCAUAGCUGCCGGUUGAUCGGCACACCACGCGAUCCCGUGACCAUGUUCAGUUUUCAAACAGGGCGACCUUAGGACCUAAUUUGUUAUUCACGAACGCUCCCCUGCUAAUCGACGACUGUAACGACCACGACGACAGCUCCCAGGACGCCAUGGUUGGCUUCUUCAAACGCAUUCUCUCCCUUGGCAGUAAAAAGAGUAGUAGGAGAAAACAAGCUCAAGCCGUUCGUAGCAAUGAUUGGGUGGACGAAGUGGGAGCUCAGACGAACCAGCCUCAGAACAAUGAUGAGGAUAAUGAAAUAGCCGUAAACUUAUUACUAAGAUCUUCCUCCGCACGUUUCGCUGUUGUUUCUGAAACCGACUACACACGGCUGCCUCCACUUCCUCACCCGAUUAAUAGUGCUAUCAGCACACCCACUGAGUCGAAUGCUAGCCUUCCGAGUACCAGCUUAGCACGAUGCGGGACCUACACCGUCAAAGUCCAUCCUCGGCAACGCCAUUCGAGUACGGAAGUUCCGAUCGCUAAUCGUGGUCUUGUCCCUGAGCCGAAGACUCCCCAACCUCGCCGCCGAGCGCAAACAACUGGAGAUGAUUCUACACACCUCCAAGGUUUGCGCAGAGAUCCUUCCGUUGCCAGUCUGCUUGAUCUGUACGAUGAGCAUGGACACCUUCCAAAAGAAGCAUUUUCAAAUACUCCGCCUCGGGAAGGGCGCCCCCAAAAGCAACGGGCAGGAUCUACCCUGCGGGAGCUUCUUGGCGAGCCAGAGAACGGUCAUCACCGUUAUGACACUAGUAGCUCGUUGGAGGGCGAUAUUUCUUGGGCAGAACGAUUUCUUGGCGAGGCCAAUAGUGCCGCUUCUUCCGUAUCCUCCCUCAUUCUUCAAACGCCAGACAACCUUAACUCUCGUUUCUCUGACAGUCUAAUAAUCGAUAACGCUCCUUCCGACUCCACGUUCAUGAGCGAUCACGAUCUUUGUUCUACCUCCAGUUUCCUUGAUAAUCCCGCCGUAUCUUCAAUGGAAGUAGAGCUCAGUGCGACCACUGAAUCCUCUCAGAUCAUUGACUCCCCUUAUAUCACUGAAAACCCCUACAACAACCUAGACCGAGAUCCGAAGACCCCUCGUAGAGCUUCAGAGGUCUUUGGAUUCCUUGCAGAAAAGCGAAAGUCUCGACCUACAGUGGAAACCUUUGAUAAGCUUCUGUUCAAACCGCCUAGUACUUUUAGCUCGCCCUCGGACAAGGAUCCAUCUGAAAGUACUACUCUUUCUCGAUUUUCUGAGGAUUCUUCUAUGUUCAAUCACAAUCCCCCUAUCGUAACUCCUUCCCGCGACGCCUCUUCUAGCGAAUUUUCUAGACAUUCAAACUCAAAUACUUACCCCAAUACUUACCCCAAUCCUUCCUCCAAUCCUUCCUCCCAACGACCUGUUUCUCGUAUGCUAUUCGAAGAUGGCCGGGCUUCACGUGUCCCUCAACAACAGCUGACUGAUCAGCCAAGUGGACCUAUAGAGGAGGAUGUCCGCGAGGUCAAAGUAAUAUUAAUUGCUCCAACCAAAGUCAUUGUAACUGCCCCCACUCCUUUGGCGGAUACUAGUGAUCGACCUACAACUAGAAUGCCUCGUGGUCCUCGCUCCCUACACCGUCAUCGCUCGCGUAAUAACGCGAAAGAACGGGGAUACCGAGAAGGACUUGUAGAGCGUUCCAAUUCUUCUAAUUCUUCUGACCCUUUCACUCCCAUACCUUCUCGCCCGAUGAAACUUCGCAGCUCCUCAGGUUCCUUAAGUUUGACAUACAUGGACUCGAAAACAACUCAUUCCCAUGGUCACAUUUCUAAUCCAAUGCCUUUGGGAAAAGAGAGCAGGAGCAGAAGGCACGGUAGCACUAAAUCGCUCAUGUCUGCGGUGUUCGAUAAAGAAAACUCGCAUAAUCACACCCUCGGGCUUGUUGCUACCCCUGACAUUCCUUUCACUCCCGUGCGAUCCAAUUCAUCGUCGCGUUCUUCGCUUCUGCGCGCCGCGGUAACAGCAGCAUCGUUUAAACCCCCGCGCGAUAUGACACCUUCUCCCGCAUCGUCGACGGAACUCUCGCCAGUUGGGAAGAUGAUGAUGAUGGAUGUAAGAAGACAGAAAAUUAUGAUGAGAGGCACGCAAGAAAAGGAGCGAUCACAGAAGAGUGGUAGCGAAGGUCGAAAAAAACAUCGCAGAAUUUGAGUUGUUUGGGUGUGUAAGUGAAAAUUUUUAUAACUUAGGAGUUAUGGUAUGCACAUAUCGUUAAACUGCUGUCACGUAUGCAUAUGCAUAUCUUUCUUGAUUUCAUGCAAACUACUUUUUAUUACGUUCCUUCAAGUCAUUAUUUCUGGAACCCAU